AUGGCAACAGAGAAAGCUCAACAGUUUUUCCUGGCAUGGCUCAUGGUAUUUGGAGCACUGGAGAAUACUACAUAUAGCCAAGGGCCAAAGUCACUUGACCACAUCAAAAAGGGCUUACUAUCCAGACAAGGUGUUGGUUACCACCCCGACCCUAACUACAAGCUGGGCUACAACACUAAACCACAGCUGAAGAAUAGUAGGUCCUCAUCAUAUGAGGGACCCAGUAAUAUAAAAACUAAAGGGCAUGACUUCAAGGGAGGUUAUGGUAAAGAGCAUAUGGGGCACCCAAACUCUAAAUACAAGGGCCCUUCACCUGAUUAUGAGGGUCCAGGGGCAAUCAGUAGACAUAGCAACUAUAAAAAAUUGCCCCCACGACAACCUAGAAAACCUACAAACUAUAAAAGUAAUAUAAAACGCAACCCUCUAGUAUCAGGGUAUGACAGUUACAGAAAACCUGCUGGUAAAACUGAUUCUUACAAUAGUAGGGGGUCAGGUUAUCAAAAACCAGACCUUGGAAAAAAUGGUUACAUAAACUAUAAGCCUCCUCCAAGUGUUAGAAACCGCCUUCCACCCAAUCCCUCAAAAAUAGGUGGUUACCAUGGUGAUAGUGGUAACCAAGACAACUAUGGACCAGAUUCAAAUUACCAUGGGGAGCAUAAGGGAAGUCACUACCAUGGUCCAGGACCGCAAGGCACCAGGGAUAGAAAAUAUGGCGGAAAAGGUCAGUACUCGAGAGGCCCUGGGUAUGAGCCAAGAGGAAAAAAUUAUGGGCCCAGCUUCAAAGGAGAUAAAUAUGGUCAUGGCAGAGGUGGAGACAGUUCUAAUUAUAGGCCAAGUGGUAGUGGAGGGCCUAGAUACGGCCCAAAGGGAGGUGACAGAGACUUUCCAUACGGUUAUGGUGAGAGCAGCUAUGCACCUACUGGGAGGGGACCUAAUUAUGGACCUUCUGGGAGGGGUCCUAGUUAUAUGCCUUCUGGGAGGGGACCUAGUUAUGGACCUUCUAAGCGAGGCCCUAGUUAUGGACCUCCUGGGAGGGGACCUAGUUAUGGACCUUCUAAGCGAGGCCCUAGUUAUGGAUCAUCUGGGAGGGGGCCAAGUUAUGGACCUUCUAGAAGGGGACCUAGUUAUGGACCUUCUGGAAGAGAAAAAGACUAUGGACCUUCACGAGGGACAGAUUAUGAACCAAAUCCAGUGAACAGAAGGCCAAAUUAUGGUUCAGGAAAUGAACCAGGUUACAGAUCACAAGGUAGCAGGGAGGCAAACUAUGGUCCACCUCCUAGGUCAAGAUACCCACCUAGAAGAAGAUACCCUAACCAAGACACUGAUCAAUACACAGAGCCUAGACCAAGAGCUCCUAGAUAUAAAUCCACACCUAGAAGAUAUGGUAAAGAUCCAUAUGGUCCAGGAUCAUCCUCUCAUGAACAACCAGAGCCACCCUACAGACGAGGAGGCCCCCACAGAACACCAAAACACGACUAUGAUUCAGGGGAGGAAGUGACAAAGAAUGUACGUGACAAUAAACAUUACGACACUCAAAAUGAUAAUGACAAUGAAGAAACAGACGAUAGUGAGCAAAAUGAAGAUAAAAAGCGUACGAAAAGAUCUUUGUAUUGGCUCAAUGAUCCGCACCACCACUCCAAGAAUUUCUAUAAAAACCAUGGCUACCACAAAAAUCAUGGCUAUUACUAUGACAGUGAUCAUGAAAAAACUAAGAAGCACUAUGGACACAAAUAUGAUGCAAUGAAAUUUGGCUCAUUUGGAUGGUGGAAAAAAGAGAAGGAAAAUGGUAAAGUCAAGCAUGAUCAUAAAGUUGGAGAUGAAUAUUGGUACGGCAAGUUUGGGAAACACUUUCAAACAGGAAAACAUCGAUAUGUUGGAAAACCACAUUUAGGAUAAUAAAAAUGUCAAAUUUUGAGACUAGAGACUACCAAUGAAAUCAAUUUGAAGAUCUAUUUUUACUGCUCAUAGCAAUGUUACAGUAAUAUUAUAGAAAAUCACAAUUGCAAAAUUGAUCAUCAGUUUAGUAUUAGAUGGAGUACAGUACAAUAAUGAUAGAUAUAGAAAGAAUAUUAAUAUACCCUUUUGUGUAAUUGUUAUUCAAAAAUUCUUGUAAAUAUUUUUUUAAUAGAUUCUUAGCCAAAAUAGUUGGUCAUAAGAUUCAGUUUUAUAAUGAAUUUCUUUUUUCUGCCUAACACUCAAAACACAGUACAAUUUUUCUUUAGUAAGCAAGUCAUCUUCAAAAAGUAUAGGUUUUGGAAUAACUGGAACAAAUGAGCCAUUGAGAAAUCAAAAUUCCAACAUAUUUUAGCACAGGAAGUUGUCUCAGGUCCUUUUCUGAUCCUAUGGGGUUCUUGGGCCUCCUCAGACUCAGUACAUAAAUAACCCCAUAGAGGACCAAAAAGGACUUGAUACAACUCCACUUGAGUUGACCUUAUAUGACUUGGUGCUUGUAAGAAUGGCUGUAUUUUGAGAGUGGGAAGUUGGUUACUAGUUGCAUGAUAAUAUGGUGGUGUCAGCUACCGGUGGUGUACACAGACUGCAGAUGUAAAUAGCUCAAAUAUUUGAUUAUCAUGCAUAGAACUAAGGUCUUGAAUUUAGUUU